AUGGCUAAAUGCAAGAUGAUAGCAUGUGUAAUGUGGGCGAUAUGGACAUCAAGAAAUAGAUUCAUUCAUGAAGGAGAGAUGAAAUCGGGUUCUCAAAUAGCAGGCUUCGUGAUCAACUACCUUAAGGAACUUGAUGGGUUGAGUAUACACUUACUAGUGAGAAGGACACAUAUGGAGAGAUGGGUUGCUCUGAAUGGGUUGAGGGUAAAAAUCAACUUUGAUGCUGCAUUUAAUAGGCAAAGGAAUGAGUCUUGCUCUGGGUUAGUGGUUCGAAACGAAAGAGCAGAAGUUAUUUGCUCAAGAACAAUCAUGCACGUGAAUAUACUGUCUGCUUUUGCAGCAGAAGUGAUGGCGUGUCUUCAGGCACUCAAUCUUGGGUUACAUCUCGGAUUGAGGGAGAUUAAAAUUGAAGGGGAUUCUCAUUCAGUGAUCCGUAAACUGCAAGCGGAGGAAGAAGACAGAUCUGAGAUUGAAGCUUAUAUUAAAGACUCUAAGCAACUAAGUUUAGGUUUUGGGUCGUGUGCAUUUCGAUUUAUCCAUAGAGAAUCUAACAAGGUUGCUCAUAUCAUAGCUACAGAGGGAAUCAAAAAGAGUGAGACAACUUAUCUGAUGCAUAUGGUUCCUUCUGGCGUAGAGGGAGCAGUGGAUGCCGACCGAAGAUGGACGGAAUCCAUGAGGGAGUGA